AGGAUUUUUAUUGGGGUUGUGGAAUUUUGCAUAACGUUUUAUGCGCAGUUGUAUGUGCUCCUUUCUGCGAAGCAAUAAUUGGAUCAAGCCGUGAAAUGAAAUAAGACAAUCUGAUUGGACAGAGCAAGAAAGAACAUACAAAACAAAAUUUUGUCUUGUUUACAAGGAAUUUGAGAGCAGAACUUGAAAUAGACAUUCGUUGUAAGAUAUUGUGUAAAAUCACUGAAGCUUCAAGAUGUACCUGGUUUUCUCAUCAUUAUCUGCCUUAAAGUCUGUAUUUAUGAGAACGAGUGUGUUUGAACCGUUGGAAGAACAGCGACAGAAAUUGUUGAUAGAGAAGGCAAUCAUUAUACAGAAAAUAUGGAGAGGUUUCGUGAAGCGCAGAGAUUAUUUACAUAUGAGGGAGGCGGCCAUCGUUUUACAACAGAAUUUCCGAGCGUUACGAUAUCGUCUGGUGUUUGUCAGAAAGAGAAAGGCAACAAUAGUCAUACAGGCGUAUAUGAGAGGUACAUUAGCUAGAAAGCUUGCAACAAAUCUCCGGGUACAGAAGCGUCUGGAAGAAGAAAAGAGGAAACAGGAAGAAUUAGAAGCAGAAAGACAGAGAGAAGAACAAGCUGUGGCAGAUGAUUCUGCUAUUGAAGAAACAAUCAAACAAUCUCAGGAGGAGUUGGAAUCUUUAACUCAUAUGAUUGAAUCGAUGUGGUCCCACUACAACCCUCCUGUAUCCCCUAACAACAUGGACCUAGAUGAAAUGUUCAGUUUCUUGAAGGAAGAAAAAAUGGAGCAAAGUCAGCAUGCAAAUGAAAAAGAAUCAGCAUUGAAUCAAAUCAACCAACAAUUCCAGGAAUUGGAUGAUUUAUGGAAAGAUGCAGAUGCUUUGGAUGCUAAAUCGGAUUCGAGUGAUGGUGAAGUUAAAAAGGCAUUAGACGCUGUGGAUAAGUCUAUCGCGGGCCACGAUACAAUCUCCAUUGCAUCCGACGGAAGCCGAAAAUCACAGGAAAUCAAUAGUAGUGUACCACCUCCCCCUCCACCACCUGGAGUUCCUGGUGUACCACCACCUCCACCUUUACCAGCAUUACCAGAGGGAGUUCCCCAACCUCCUCCACCCCCUCCCGUACCCCCAUCUACUCUGCCCUUGAAAGUAACGAUAGCGGAAGAAGACCUGCCCUUACCUCCACCUCCGGAAAAUCCAGAAAUAUCGGCAGUUGAAUUAAACGGCUAUUUACCACCACCCCCUCUGAACGGGACAGAUAUUGACGAAAACGGAUUCUGUACUCCUUCUCCAACUCAGUACGAAUCUAUUGACCGAUUAACAGGAUCGAUACCAUCAAGUGGUGGGUCAUUGUCACGGCGACCAGAAUUCAUCAUUCCUCCUCCCCCAUCUUUUCCACCUCCUCCUGUACCAGAUGCCAAUGCUCGUCCUGUCAGCUAUAUCCAAGUGAACGAACUAUCUCCAGAAACCCAGGACAAACUUUCAAACAUGAUGCAGCAUCCUGUGGAUAAUAUCAUGAGUCCUCAGUCAAUGGCUGACUCUGUGUGUUCGCUUCCAGAACCAGAAGCUGUUUACGACAUGUUGGAAUAUGCUGAGAAAUAUUACAAUAAUCACGUUCGAGAUUAUGGUGGAACACUGAUGAAGAGUUUAAAGAAAAGACGACAGUCAUCAACGGAUACGUUAGCUAAAGAAGAGAUGUUACGUUAUUGUAAGAGUGGUCUGAUCCCAACAUCACACAUACACCUACAUGAUGCAGAGAAUAUUCACCAAGCAUGUAAUAUAUUUAAAGAAUUAACCAAAUAUAUUCGUGAUGAAUCCAAGGAAGAAACAUCCAUAGCAACCAUACAACACAUCAUGAAAACAGGUCUUGAGAGAAUUGAACUACGAGAUGAAAUAUUGUGUCAGCUGAUCAGACAGACCAAUGAUAAUCCAGAACCAGAGUCACUACGUCAAGCCUGGGUUAUGAUGUGUUUGUUCACAGCCUCGUUCUCACCCAGUAAAAAUCUUCAUAAGUAUAUGUUAUCCUAUGUGAAGAAAUGGUGUUUUGAUAAAAAUGUUGGCAAGUAUGCUCUGAUGACCCACAAUCACCUAACAAUACCACGAGCAACAUCACGAAAAUAUCCAGCUUCUGCCAUAGAAAUAUUGAGUGUCCAAUCACUGGCCCCUAUUGUUUGUAAGAUAUUCUUUAUGGAUGGUAAAACUAAGGCCAUUAGUAUGAUGCCAUGUGAUACUGCUGUAGAUGUUCUCGAGAAAGUAGCCAGAAAAAUAGGAUUAAAAUCUGUAGAAGGAUGGGCUAUUUAUGAGGUAACAACUGAAUAUGAGAGAUUUAUACGUAGUUAUGAAUAUAUCGCUGAUAUUAUGGCUCAGUGGGAAGCGCAAGAAAAGAUGGCAGCUAAACCAAGUCAUUAUGAAACAAUAUCGAAAAAAGGACCAAAAUUAGCACUAGGUGGAGCUGAUGCUAAGAUCAUGUUUAGAAAGCGUGUUUACAAACAUGUCCAUGAUAUUCCUAAUGAUCCUGUUGAAUAUCAUCUGUUAUAUGCCGAGGCUGUUGCUAAAGUCGUUAAAUUGGAUGAAUAUUCUAUAUCUGAUAAAGUAGCGUUACAACUAGCAGGUUUACAAGCUCAAGUUAUCUGGGGGGAAUAUGAGGAGGAUAAACAAUUCAGGUAUGGGGAGGCAGAUCAAUAUUUAUGUAGAAGAAUUUUAGCAUCCUCUGGUAGAAACUGGUCAAAAGAAACAGCUAAAGCUCAUAAACACUACGGAAGUGGUAAAAGUACGCUAGAAGCUCAAGUGUGGUACUUAACAUGCGUCAAACAAUUUCCCUUAUAUGGAUGUACAAUGUUUCCUAUAUUACAUAAGGGAUUGUGGUCACAUACAAGUGACGCAUUAUUAGCAAUAAAUAUGGACGGGGUGAAAUUCGUGCGUGCCAAAGACAAGUUCGUGAUUCACGAUUUUAAAUAUUGUCAGAUUGAAUCGAUUAUUAUAGAUUCAAACGACAAUUAUAUCACGUUAGAAUUAUUAGAUAAACUAGAUUUGGAUUGUCCACAGCGGACGUUCAUGUUCGAGACAAAUCAUAAAGAAGACAUUGGCCACCUAGUGGCAAGUUAUUCACCUCAACAUGCUACAUGGAUGAAAUCAGAUUACGAAGGAUUAAAGAAAAUGAAGAUGACGGAUGAAGAGAAGUUGAAAUUAUACGAAGAAUUAGUCAGAUGUCGUAAAUUAUUAUCUGAGAGUCGCUUAUUACAGAGACCUAUUACCAGCGCUGAUGCUGGAUUCUUUAAAAAUACUCUUAGAAGGUUAACUAAGUCUAAGAUGGACAGAUUACGGAACUACGCUGCCGGUGAUACGGGACAGUACGACAUCAACUAUUGGUCCUAUACUAAAAUACCAAUCAAACAGAGUUUAACAUUAAUACACGACCCACUGAUGGAGGAGGUGGCCAUUAAAAUGUUUACAUCUAUAUUAAUAUAUACAGGUGUCGAGGAAUCAGGUGGCAGUAGUAAUGAGAAUUAUGACCAUAUUGGAAUGAUACAGAUCGUAAUGACGAAAUGUCUGGAGAGUGACCACGUGUCCAAUGAGUUUUAUCUACAGUUGAUUAAACAGACAACAGACCAUCCAGAUGUUACUAAGAGAAAAUUGGAUCCAAAUAGUUAUGUAAAUAAAAGAAGUUGGCAGUUAAUGGCCGUUACUACGUGUACACUGGCUCCACCUAACAACAGAGUACUCAAAUAUCUUCAAGUUCAUCUCAAGAAAUGUUCCAUGGAUGCCACAACGGAAGAAGGAAAAUAUGCCAGAUUUUGUUACAAAUGUCUUUCAAGAACAUUAGAGAAGAAACGAAGAAAAUUUCCACCAUCAAGUAGAGAAGUUGAAUGUACAAUUCACAGGAAACCCAUCACAGAGAAAGUAUUUUUUAUGACCGGUGAAAGUCGUGUUAUAGAGUUUGAUUCUUCUGCUAGUUGUGGAGAGGUUAUUAAGACGAUUAAAGCCAAGAUUGGUAUGAGAUCAGAUGCUGAAUGUUUUGCUCUGUAUGAAUAUAUGAGUGGAUCAGAACGAGCGAUGUCCUGUGAAGAACGUUUAUCAGAUACUCUCAGUAAAUGGGAGAGAUUAGCAAGAAGUGGUGCUGUAAAAGAAUUAAGACUUGUCUUUAAGAAACGUUUGUUUAUUGAGCCAUAUUUAAACCCCAAUGACCCAGUAGAAUGUGAUCUGGUGUUUAAUCAGCUCAUCGAAUCCGUGUUUGAACAAAGAGUUCCUCUUUCAAUGCAAGAUGCAGUUCAUCUAUGUGCCUUUAAAGUUCAGUCCGAGAUUGAAGAUAUGAAAUCUGGUGAAAUAGACUACAGUUCUGUGACGAGAAUUUUACCAAGAGAUAUACGACCAACUGUAAAAAUAGACGAUAUCGCAACCACCCAUAAAACUAUUUUAGAUCUGAGUCCACAACAAGCUGUUCUCGGGUUUAUUAAUGUCUUAAAAAACUGGUCGUUGUUUGGUGCUACUGUUUUCGAAAUAGGUCAAACCUAUACUUCCAUGUUGCCUAAAAGUUUGAUGUUAGCUGUUCAUGAAAAGGGAAUUCAUCUAUUAGAAAAUAAAACAUUUAGAAUUCUGGGUGCUUAUCAAUAUUCAGACAUUGCUCAUUCUAGUCCUGCUAUUAAAAGUAUUAUGAUAGUUAUUGGACAUGUUGCCAAGGGAACCAAAUUUAUGUUUAACACUAAUCAGGCAUCUCAAAUUGCCCACCUGAUCAAAGAUUACGUUGAGGAGCUACAGGCCCGUUACCUCCUCACCCCCACAGAUAAUUCACAUCGUAUGUCACGUGCUAUAGACCUGGAGGAGAUAGACAGACAGAACACAGCUUUACAGUCCAUAGAUCCUAUUAGACAGGAGUGAUGGAAGGAUGAAUAAAUCAUAGAUUACACCAGAAUGGAGUGAAAGAAGGAGGAAUACCUCUCUAUUAUAUCUGUGUCAGGGCUGAAUAGGAAUAAGUCUCAACAGAAAGUGUUUAAACGAAUGACAUCAAAAGUAAUUGUAUACCGAAAAGUUGCUGGCUAUAUUUGCCUAGUCAGAUAUGCCAUCAUUAGCUUAAAUAAUGAAAUCUAUAACUUUUUCGGAUUUCUCUUGUUUUGUCUAAUUUGUUUCUUGUAGGUAAUAUCUUGGUAAAUUCUUAAAUAAAUCAUGUUUCGUAGAGAAAAUUGAGCAAACUAGCAGACAGAAUUCCGAUAAAAGAUUGCUAGGUUGGUUCUUUUUGCAUACUUUUUCUCCAAGGUCUAAUAUGUGUGUAAAUUUUACACUGUUAAUGCUUACAUAGAUAAACAAAGGUGGUAAUGAUGGUAUGAAUUAUGUUCCCAAGGUCUGCAAUCUAGUUGAUGAAAGUAAAAGUAGAUCCAAACUGACGAAUGACUGACGAGGGAUCGCCAGUUUGUAUGUGAUAUCAAUAUUUAAAAAGUGCAAUUUUUCUUGUCAAAUAUAUAAACAAUGUAAUUUGUAUUUAUUGUAGAUAUUUUGUACCAUAAUUGUAUAUGAUCCACCAUUUUAUAUUAUUGUAUAAUUUUGUAUAUUGGCCUACUGUAUGUUUAAUUGUUGCUUAAAUCCUAUCCCACUAGCUCUAAACUACAUAAUACAUGUGAUUUUGUAAACUCAAUCAAGUAGAUCCUAUACCAUUAAGAAGAAUCUCAGCAUUUUUCAAGCUGGGUUCCCAUUGGACUGUGAUUGCAGGACUGACCAGUACAAUGUUACCUUAUGUAUUCGUUUAGGUUAUUCGUUGUCAACCUCGCAGGUGCCCUCAAUUAUAGGUCCUAUACAACUAGCAGGCAAGUCUAUAGAUCAUUCCAUAUUUAAGUUGUCAGUUUCAAAUAGUAACUAAAUUGGAUCUCAAUCAUUCAGACAAUUGCCUAGAAGAGUUAGAUCUUUUGUUAUAAUCAGUCAGUCAGCUGUUAUAAUCAGUCAGCUUUUGUUAUAAUCAGUCAGCUUUUGUUAUAAUCAGUCAGCUUUUGUUAUGAUCAGUCAGCUAUGUAUUUGACAGUUUACAUUAGAAUCAGCUGACUAUUGAAAGUCCUCCACAUUUAAUACUAAAGAGUUUAAUAUUAUAAAGUAUGUAGUGAUAUUAUCUCUUCAUAUAUGAUAUAUAUUCAUGCAUGGAUCACCACUAUGCAAUAUCUGUGAAUAAUAAUAUGCAAUAUUUGUAAAUUAUACUCCACAUCCACAUCCACAAGAAAAAACUUGCUUGUGUUUAAACCCUGUUAUGAUAUGGAUAAUUUAACUUUAACAGUUGUUGAUCAUUUAAACACGAUUAACAUAUUAAGGGUUGCAGUGAACAAUGAUUUAUCAUGAUAAUGUUAUAAUUUUUACUGAACAGAGAAUUGUCAUUUAUAGCAGUCAUAUUUUUGUGGUCUUUGUCUGGAAGUAAACAAAAGGUCUUGGGAUAGCAACAGGGCUGAGAGCAUUUCCGUUAACUGGUUAACACAUUAAAAUUUUAAACUUUAUGAAUUAUGAAAGCUCCUAAAACAUGGUUAUUUGCAUAGCCAACAUAUUGACUGGAAUAUGUUUAAAAACAAAUCGAAAUUGAUACCCUUGAUUCCGAGUCGGAGACUAGAGACCAAUUUAUCACAGCCGGAAACGCGCGAUCCAGCAGACAUAACUAAAGCGACAGUGACACUUUGGUCUCUGGAUGUUAUUUUGCAUGAAUUGGCUUCCUUCAUUGGUCUGUAUAAUGAUUUUUGGGCCGAAUAUGCAUAUAUGACAUCACAGUGUGUUAAUGCGUUAAUUCGUUUCUAUUUAUGCGUUAACCAAUUAAUAAGUUAACUGCUGUCAGCCCUGGAUAACAACAAUUGAAAAUCCUCCAUAUCUCGUGUAUAUUAUAAACAGCAUUUUAUAAGCAUAUAUUCUAGUCGAGAUAUAUAAUCUAUUGUUUUAUUACAGAGAUAUUCAUCAUAUCCUAGCUUUAAGAUAUUAUAUUUAUUAAGCAUAAUUUGUUGCGAUAUAGAAAUGGAUGUUUUUUGGAAUAUUAGUCUUAUGGUAAUCGGUGAAUUUCAAAUAUAUGAGGUUCCACACUCUAGCAGACCAAUAAUUAUUUUCAUUAGAUUUAACAACAAUAAAAGUUGAGUACACAUAGGUUUACUUCUUACAGUAAGGGGGGUUGGAUGGCCGAAUGGUUAGCGUUUGCGCGUUGCAUCAUAAGGUCUGUCAUAGUGUCAAUGUGAUGGAUUAUUAGCAUCUAUAUUAUCCAUUUGUUCGAUUUUGUAUUACCGACAGAUGGCAAGCGACAAUGGUUAUUGCUACAGAAAAUAGUCCUUUUCGACUACAACCCCAUUUCAUUUCAUUUUUGGAUUGGCUUCAAUCAGAAGGUCACAUCAAUAAAAAUCCGAUUAAUUGAAAAUUCCACCAAAGAUUUGUAUUCUGUUCUCCCAGUCCCGUCUGUAGAAUAAAAACGGACAGAAACUGAUGAAAUUAGUAGAGAAUCAGGAUUGUAAAUGGUAUUGCCAUGGACUCAAGGCCAGUCUAACAAAGUACACAUGUCCCAAAGAAUUUUCAUAACAGAUAAGAAUUCCUGCGAUCUUAAGAUGUUUUGUAAAUACAGCCAAACGAACAAUUUCUGCAGAACACCUGCAGUUAUUAAACAUACAAACAUUUCCAUGUGCAAUGUUAAAAAAAAGUGUGGUCUACAGCUGCGUUUAUGAGUCACUUUACAAAUAGUUUAGUUUUUUUAUUGGUAAAAGAAAAUAUUUUAGGCUGAUAACCAUACCUGCUAAAAUUUAUAAAGUGUUUAUUUUAUAUUUGUUUAAGUUUAGUAUUUGUUAUUUUAUUUAUUCUACUUAUUUUAUUUGUACAUGUGGUUGGCUAAAAACAACCAAAAAUAACCCUGAUGAAGGAUUUCCUUAUAUUUCUCCAAUCUGUAUAUUGGCUUUCCCCUUCCUUUAAGAGACAAUUUCUCUGUGGAUUUGGGACGUUGCCCUUAACAUGUUUAUUUUAUAAGGUUUUUUUUAUAAGUUAGUUUUCUACGCAAAAGGAUAAAGAAGAACCUGUAUGGUUAUUUGAAUUGUAUUAAAAAUAACAAUUUAAAACAAAAAAAUCUUAAGAAAUUUUAAAACGAUUUUUUUUUUUUUUUUGUCAACUAUUUCCUGAUCACAAGAAUGAAGAGAUCAAAAUAAGAGUUUUACCAAAUGUAUCUAUAUUUUGAAAUAAAAUGAUCUGAUAGAAUUCUGAUAGAGAAAUUUAUGUUUGCACAUGUAUCUUAAUAUGCAAUAAAUAUCAAGAAAUUAUUUGCUUAUAUAUCUUAUGUUAAGAAUUGAAUUCACUGUCUGCAACUAAGUCAUAUGUUUGUGUUGUUCUGUUUUUAUUAGCUUUAAUUAGUCAUUUUAUCUCUUACUAAUUACUUAUAUGUGUAAUGGGUAAUUCCUUGUACAGGUAUUGAAUAAUUACUUGUACAUGUAUUGGGUGAUUACUUGUACAUGUAUUGGGUAAGUAUAACUCAUACAUAUAAUGGGUAAUUACUUGUAUGUGCAUUGGGCAAAUACUAUUAUAUGUAUUGGGAAAUUACUAUUAUAUGUAAUGGUGAUUACUUUUAUAUGUAAUGGUGAUUACUUGUAUAUGUAAUGGGUGAUUACAUGUUCCAGUAAUUAUUAUUUUGUACAUGUUAUGGCCAUAAGUAAUUGUUUCUAGUAAUAUGUGAUUACUUGUGUAUAUAUUACUUGUAAUGUGGGAUUACUUGUAUAUGCCAUUAGUAAUUACUACUAAUGGGUAAUUACUAGUACAUGUAAUUACUAAUUGUUUUUACAUGUAGGCCUAAUGAGCUGUUGCCUUUAUCACUUGCGCAUGUAAUGUGUAAUUGUACAUGUAAUAAAUAAUUGUACUUUAUGUUAUAUUAACUGAUUGUAAAAACAUUAUUAUAGUCCUUUUUAUUGAAUGUACAUGUAAUUAUUAAUUAGUUCUUUCGUGCACUAGAUGUAAUGAAAGCCUCGUUCUGCUCUGCGCUUUUUUGUACAUUUAUAUUAUAUCCAAACAUUCCAUGACAAGCGUGGUAAAUUAAACAAGUCCCAUUGUCUCAUCCAUAACUUGUACAGAUUAACACUUUAUUGUUUUGUUGAACCAUAAAAUGAAGCAACUGAUUUUUUUUUUCAUGUUCCAUAAUAUAAAUAUAUAUAAAUAUCUUAUUAUAUAAUCAAAUUUAUUUAUAUCCAAUUUCAUAAUCUUUCAUUGUCUUUUUUCAAUAAAUCUUUUGCAUAAAU